GUCUUAAAAAGGGGCGUCCAAUAAAAAAAAAAACUCUUUUUUUUUCCUUUUUUUCUCUCUUCUUUUUGUAUCUUCUUCUUUAGGUAUUUUUUUUAUACUAUUUCUAAUAAUAUAUAUUGUACUACUAUGUUGAUAUCCAGCCUUCUUUUUUUUAUGAAACUGCCAGAAUAAUGCCUAAACAACAAGACAAUCACAUUUAUGCAAGCAGUGAAAGUGUUCCAGAAUGGGCCAAAAAACCAAUUCUUGGAUUCUCUACUUGGUCAACUCAACUUUUGGACAAUGUAGCAGGGUAUGGUGGCAAGAACAUUUCUCCGUGGUUUAAUGAAAAGAAUAUUCUUGACAUUUCCAAUACUAUGCGACAAAAACUACCACGAUACGAAUACAUCAAUUUGGAUUCAGGGUGGAGCAAUACGUGUGAUGCUUAUGGACGGUGGAUGUAUCGAACGGAUCUAUUUCCUAAUGGACUAGCCAAGCUUUCCAGUCAACUUGCAGAGAAUGGCCACCGAUUGGGGAUCUACAUCUUGCCAGGGAUUCCAGCAUGGGCAGUGGAUCACGAUACACUGAUCAAGGGAACAACACAUCGUAUUGGUGAAUAUACACGACAACGGAAACAAGGCAAUGUAUUCAAGGGAAUGACGUAUAUGCCGGAUGUACACGACGAGGUGAUCCAAGCUUAUUAUGACUCGAUGGGUGAUCUGUUUGCUUCUUGGGGAGUACGCUAUGUCAAGAUUGAUGGCUGUGGGCCUGGUAGUGGCGAUCCUAUCUAUCCGGAUUUGGCGCCUGAUUGUCGGGAGACACUACGCAUGAUGGGUCAAAGUUUCAAGCGGCAUGACAUUUGGGUGGAACUGUCCUGGUAUUUGGAUCCAAGGUAUGCAGAUGAAUGGGCGACCAUGGCCAACGGUGCGCGAAUCUACAUUGACAUUGAAUCUUAUUCGACACGCACCAUGACUUCUGCUUCUAGAGUAUUGGAAAGGUUUCAGUAUGUGGCACGCUGGCCUCGCGCCGUUCUGGGUCCUCAUUCUGGGUUUUACAUCGAUUUGGACGCUGUCCUGGUUGGCAUGACGACACCUUGGAAUGCGCGAUGUAUCGAUGGUCUAGACAGUGAUUUGCUACGUCAAUCUUAUAUCGCCUUUUGGGCUUUGGUCAGCUCAGUCUUUUGUAUUGGUGCCGAUCCUCGAUUGCUUCCUGACAAAUACAUCGACAUGCUGCAUCAUCCUAUUAUAUUGGACAUUCAACAAUCUGGCAUCGUGGCUGUUCCUUUGCCUUUUACCGAUUAUUGGCAUUAUCGUCAAGUCUGGUGGAAACGUUUACCUUUAUCAGCAUUAUCAUCAACAUCAUCAUCAUCAGUGGAUCAUUAUGUGGUAUGUGUUGGGCUUUUCAACACAUGUUACUAUCCCAUCACAAUGAACAAUCAUUCUUCUCUGGCAUCCUGGCUCAAAAUGGAAAUUGAUUUCAAAUUAUCAGAUGUGCUGCAAGGAACGACAAUGGCAAGAAUCACAAAUGUGUGGACUGGAGAAGACAUAGGUGUGACGAUCGACAAGUACACUACUUGGCUGGAACCUGGUGAAUGUCAACUUUUAUUAUUAUAUCCCAUCCUAGAUUAGUCCUCCAUUAUACUUAGUUAUUCUUAUUAUUUUGUUUAGUCUCUUUGUUGCUACUGAUGAUGUAGUAUCUUUUUUUUUUUUUUUUU